UGUACAUGGUGCAACGGAUUUGAAUUGAACGUGAUACUGAUCAAUUAUUUCACAAUGUCUGAUACAAAUGGCUCUGCAGGACAGCGAUUGACGCAAAUCAAGGACUUCCUGACAAUGAACAAGACUGCAACGACCAUUCCAUGGGAUCCUGAUUGUACAAAGUUUCCCACCCGAAAGGAGCUCCCUCAGGUUCCUGGCAACCCUCCUGAAUCCGCCUGGGUCUGGGGCGACAAUGACUAUAUUGGCCGAUUGAACUUACUGACGCCGACUCGAAUUGCAGCAGCAUCCAAGGAAAUCAAAACCGGCGAGAUGAUUCCCGUCAACCUCCCGCUCAAUGUCCCCAACCAGCCAGCCUUCGGCCGGGAAGUGUUCAAACACGAAAUCAAGACUCUCGCCGAGAACUACGCCUACGACGAUCUCUACGAGAUGAACACGCAAAGCGGCACGCAAUGGGACGGCUUCCGACACUUCGCCCACUUCCCUUCCGGAUCCUUCUACAAUGGCACCACUGGCGCCGACAUUGUCGGUCCUGCUGCUAACCACAAGUGCUCCAUCCACCACUGGGCCGAGCACGGCAUCGCCGGCCGUGGCGUCCUGCUCGACUACCGCGGCUGGGCCCACAAGAAAGGCAUCAACUACGACCCCUACGACUACUAUCCCAUCUCCUGGGAGGAGCUCUACCAGUGCGGUAAAGACCAAGGUAUCGACAUCCGACCCGCGGCUCAGGGCGGCGACAUCAAGAUCGGCGACAUGCUGUUCGUCCGCAGUGGGUGGAAGGAGGCGUACGACUCCAAGUCGCCCGAGGACAGGACGAAAGCCGCGCUUCGCCACGGGAGCGGAAAGGACGGCGAGGAUGGGCAGCGGUACGCGGGACUGAGCCAGGAGCAGAAGAUUCUGGACUGGUUGCACGAUUGCUACUUUGCCAGCGUUGCGGGCGACGCGCCGGCUUUUGAGGCCUGGCCGACUCAUGAAGAUUAUCAUCUCCAUGAGUACAUUUUGGCGCUCUGGGGAAUGCCGUUGGGUGAGAUGUUGGAUCUUGAGGGUCUGGCGAAGAAGUGCAGAGAGAGGAAUCGGUGGUUUUUCUUCUUCACUUCUGCGCCUGCAAACUGUCCUGGUAAGUCGAGAUCAAAAUCUCAACGUCUGGAUUUACAUUGCUAA